ACCGUUUCCAAGACCACGGGCGACCGAUGUAAACAUUCCGUUUAUAGACAGUGGAGUCCUCGCGAAAAUGUCUGGAAAAAAGAAAGGAAAGUUAAGUAAAGCUGAACGUGAGCGGUUGCAACGGGAAGAAGAAGAAAGGCAAUUGAAAGAAGAGGAGGAACGCUUGCUAGCUGAAAAAGAAGAAGCCGAGAGAUUGGAAAGGGAACAAAAACUGCAAGAAGAGCGGGACAGACUUGAAGCCAAGGAUCUAGAACGAAGGGAAUCUGAGCUUAUUGAACUGCAUCUUUUACUGGAUGGGAACCGUAUCUCUGCAAAUAAUUGGUAUGAAAAACUCAGAAAGCAAGCAAAGUGGAACCGUUAUAUGCGCUGUGAUGGAAGUCCUGAUCCGUCUAUAACACAAGAAAUAAAUACGUUCAUAAACCUAUCAAAGGAGGACAAUAAUAAGAACACCAAUUCAAUGAUUUCCAAUGCAACUUUGGCAAUAAAUCUUACAGAUGAAUUGGAGAACCUAUUGGCUGAAACACCUGCUCAUGAGAUGAAUGAAAAAGAUAUUGUACAGCAUAAGGAGACAAUUAUUAAUCUACAAAAUUUAGUUCAUUUUAAAUAUGAUGAAGUCACAGAAGAAAUACUGAAGCAUUCUACUGAAUCUGCUGAUCCUGAUACUGGAAACAUGCAAAUGGUGAUAAAGAAGGAUGAUAUAAUAAUUUGCUUAUGGGCAAAUUUGAGCAAAGAUCCAAGGUUCAAAGGUUAUGAAUUCCCUGAGACUGGGCUUGCAUUUGAACUACCAAAGCCCUUAGCAUCAAUGGAUAUUGUUGUGCGUUUCCUCUAUAGUCGACAUGAUCACCUUUCCUCUCGCUCUCAAUCAUUCCACCUGCAAGUUAAAAAUCUAGCAACCAAUGUUAUGGCAGAACCUGAACCAAAUGAGACGAAAGACAUUGAAGUAGAUCAAGUUGAUGGAGAGCAGAAAGAAGAAACAGAAAAUCUCAGACUUAGUGAAAAUGAGCCAGAGUCUGUCAGUGCUGAAGAUAGAAAGAGCUCUAUGAGCCUAGUGUCAAAUAAGGAUGAAACUAAGAGUCUGUCUGAAAGAAAAACUGAAGAAGAAGAACAGAAACCACCAGAAAACAUGGCAGACGAAACCACAGAAUGUGUUACUGAGGAAGCACCAAUACCUGCACCAACAGAGACGACUUUUGUUCUUGAUGAGAAUGUUUUCGACCUUCGUCAGUACAGAUCACUUGGAGGAAUCUACUAUUUUGAUGUGUUCAGACUCCCACCACAACCCACACUCCGAAAUGGAUGGACAAUGGUGGAGCUUGUACAGUGUGGAAUGUACAAUUUUCCUUACCCAUUUGAAACACAAAAGAUAAAUAACAAUGAGUCUGAGAAAACUGAUGAGAAAGAAAUUGAGACUUUAAGCCUCCCGCCAGUGGGUGUUUCAGUCCGUCUUCCUGACAAUGUCUUAUUUUUGGAGCAGCCCAAGAUUGGCAGAUGGGAUUUUACAAGCAAAGAGUGGAAGAUGGAUCGAAUUACUAAUGUGAAAUACGAUCAGGAAAAUAAAAGCAUCACCUUCACAAUGGAUACGUUCUACACGUUUGCCUUCAUGCAGGACUGUUACAUUAAUAUGCCUUUCCAGUCUUGGGAGCUUAGACCACUUGGAGUAAAUAAUGUUGUCCUGACCGUUACCGCUGCUAUAACAGAAGUUCAAAUUGAGGUUAAGGGUGACGAAUGCAGGUUAAACUGUGCACCUGCAGAAAAUAGUGUUCUUUCCCAUAUUGGAGGACAGUGGAUGAACCUUAAAGCCCUCAUAAAUGCCAUGCGAAGUGUAGGGGUAAACAUCUUUGUUGAGGAAGACUCCUAUAAGUAUGCAAGCAUUAAUGCAAAGAAUUCUGUAGCAGAAAAGGCAGCUUAUGAACAGAUGGCCUUGCUUUCUUCUGCCUAUGCUUUUGCCUGGAGCAGGUGGAAUGCAGAAAGUGGUACUGAACACGUUGUUAUGAAGGUAAGCGAGCAUUUAAAAACACAGCCAGUGGACGAUGAAGACUGGAAAAUCUAUAUGGUGAGCUCUCGAAGGGCAAUGCGCUUGAAAAUCACUGAAUACAGUGACGCUUUCUCCGACGACCUGGCUGAGAACAGUGAAUUUCACUCCACCUUCCUCCACAUGAUAAAGGACGGGAUUAGUGAGGAAGCUUUGGAACGAAUGAACCAAUCCCAUUUUCUUUUUAUUGACUGUAUGCAAAAGCUGUUGAAUGCUACUAAAGUGUUGACUUUCUCAUGAUGUAAAUGUUG